AUGCAAUCCAAAACUUGUAUUAUUUUCGCUUUACUUCUCCUCUUUUCUUUCUUCUUCACAAACCAUGCAUCUUCUCCACCACCACCUUCAGCUCCUUCCAAUCCACAAACCGUUUGUAGCUAUACUCCAUUCCCUUACUUCUGCAGAUCCACACUACCAAACAAUCGAUCCGCGACCAUACAUGAUUAUUGCCGAUAUUCUGUCCAUCAUUCUCUGUCCAUGACAAACAAUUUUCUCUCAUUAGUCAACAGAUAUCUCAGGCGUCCGUUUGCUUUCACCGAAAGCACGAUUCGAGCUCUUCAAGAUUGCCAAACUCUAGCUAGCUUAAGCAGGGAUUUCUUGUCGAAUACCAUUCAAUCCAUUGGUUCCACAACAACCCUUCAAAGCUCCCAAGCUGAUUAUAUGCAAACAUUGCUUAGUGCCACAUUAACCAACUAUCAAACUUGCUUAGAUGGGCUAAAAGAAACAACUUCUUCCUCUAGUGUUAGCAGUGCAUUUUUAGCUCCACUGACUAAUGGGAGUAUGUCUUAUAGUGUCUCUUUAGCCCUUUUCCUGCAUGGCUGGGGUCAUUACAGACAAUCAAGGAGGUCGCUAAGUGAAUUGAAUUCUGAUAAAUCUUUUGGGUGGGGAAGAAGACUCCUGCAGCAAAUUGGGAAUAAUAAUGCCAAGGUGAAUCAGAUGGUGGUUGUGGAUCCAAAUGGGAAUGGAACUUUCACUACCAUUAGUGAUGCUGUAGCUGCAGCUCCCAAUAAUACGGCCGCCGGCAAGGGCUACUUCAUGAUUUACGUGGUUGCUGGAGUUUAUGAAGAGUAUGUUACAAUUGCUAGUAACAAAAAGUAUAUUAUGUUGGUUGGAGAUGGGAUCAACCAGACGAUAAUUACGGGGAACAGAAGCGUGGUUGAUGGUUGGACUACAUUUAAUUCUGCAACAUUUGCUGUGACUGGGCAAGGGUUUGUUGGGAUGAACAUAACCAUUCGGAACACAGCAGGAGCAGUAAAGCACCAAGCAGUGGCGGUUCGAAAUGGUGCAGAUUUGUCCACCUUUUACAACUGCAGUUUUGAAGGGUAUCAAGACACGUUAUAUACACAUUCCCUAAGGCAAUUUUACAAGCAAUGCGACGUUUAUGGAACAGUAGACUUCAUAUUCGGCAAUGCAGCAGUUGUUUUUCAAAAUUGCAAUCUCUAUCCUCGUCUUCCAAUGCAAGGACAAUUCAAUGCGAUCACUGCACAAGGUAGAACAGAUAUAAACCAGAACACAGGGACUUCUAUACAGAAUUGCAACAUCAUGGCAGCCCCAGACUUGGCUUCGAGUAACGGGACGACUAAGACAUAUCUUGGACGACCCUGGAAAGAGUAUUCAAGAACUGUUUACAUGCAAUCAUUCCUGGGGAGCCUGAUUGAUCCUGCCGGCUGGACUCCAUGGUCAGGGGACUUUGCACUGAGCACAUUGUAUUAUGCUGAGUACGACAAUUCAGGCCCCGGAUCUGAUACUACCAGCAGGGUUACAUGGCCUGGUUACCAUGUCAUAAAUGCGGCUGAUGCAGCUAACUUCACUGUUGCCAAUUUCAUAUUAGGGGAUAAUUGGUUACCCCAGACAGGAGUAACCUAUACCAGCGGUUUGCUAUAAUUGCCACUUGUCCAAGACUUCUAUACACUGCAACUCUUGAUUCUUUAUAAGAUUUUUUUUUUAAUAUCAGGAUAUUCAGAUUUUCACAAGACGUUGUAUUGAUGCAAAUAUGUAACUAGCUAGUACAGCUCGCUGGCUAUAUAGAAUUAGUUUUUUUCUUGU